CCCCGAGCUAGGAGAGCAGCUGAUCGAUCGAUCAACAAUGGAGGCCGCCGUCGCGUACCUCCUCCUGCUCCCGCUCGCCACCUGCGCCGUGCUGCUCCCCCUCCUCCUGCUGCUGCUCCCGGCCCUUCGGCCGUCCAAGGCCAGCCGCCUCCCGCUGCCGCCGUCCCCGCCGGCCGUCCCGGUGCUCGGCCCGCUGCUCUGGCUCUGGCGCGCGCGCUCCUGCCUCGAGCCGGCCAUCCGCGACCUGCACCGCUGCCACGGGCCCGUGCUCACCCUCGGCUUCCUCUCCCCGCGACCGGCUAUCUUCGUCUCCGGACGCCGCGUCGCCCACCGCGCGCUCGUCCAGCGCGGGCACGCCUUCGCCAGCCGCCCGCCCGCCAUCGCGCCCUUCCUCGUCCUCACCUCCGCCCAGCGCACCGUCAGCUCCGCGCCAUACGGCCCGCUCUGGCGCUCUCUCAGGCGGAACCUCACCUCCGGCGUCCUCCACCCCGCGCGCGUCGCGCGCCUUUUCGCGCCGGCGCGGCGGUGGGCGCUCGGGAUCCUCGCCUCCGACCUCGAGAACGAGUUGUCCCGGAGCGAGGGCGGCGUGGUGACCGCCGUCGAGUGCCUCCAGUUCUCCAUGUUCUCGCUGCUCACGUACAUGUGCUUCGGGAGCAGACUGCCGGCCGGCCGCGUACGGAAGAUCGAGGCCGUGCAGAGGGAGCUCUUCUCCUCCUACAUCGGCUUCCAGGUCUUCGCCUUCUGCCCGGCGCUCACCACGAGGCUGUUUCGGCGGCGGUGGCGGAAGGUGCUGUCCAUCCGCAGUAAGCAGGAGGAGCUGUUCCUGCCACUGAUCAGAGCAAGAAGAGAACGGAGGCUGCUGACGGCUAACGGCGACGACGGCAGCCUAGCGUACUGCUACGUCGACACGCUCCUCGCGCACCGGCUCCCCAAGGAGGAAGAGGAUGGCGGCGACCGCGCGCUCACAGACGGCGAGAUGGUGAGCCUCUGCACGGAGUUCCUCACCGCUAGUGUCGACACCACGGUGACCGCGCUGCAGUGGAUCUUGGCGAACCUGGUCCGGCAGCCGGAGAUCCAGGCGAGGCUCCGGGAUGAGAUCGACGCGGCGAUGACCAACGACCACCAGGACGCCGUCGCGGAGGAGGACCUGUCGAGCAUGCACUACCUGAAGGCGGUGGUCCUGGAGGGGCUGCGGCGGCACCCGCCGGCGCACUUCCUGCUGUCGCACGCGGCCGUAACGGAGGCGUCGCUAGACGGGCUCCGCGUGCCGGCGGCCACGUCGGUGAACUUUUCGGUGGCGGACGUGUCACUGGACGAGGAGGUGUGGAGCCGGCCAGAGGAGUUCAGGCCGGAGCGAUUCCUGGAGGGCGGGGAGGGCUACGGGGUGGACCUGACGGGAAGCCGUGAGAUCAGGAUGAUGCCGUUCGGGGCCGGCCGGAGGAUCUGCCCCGGCCUCGGGCUGGCGAUGCUGCACCUCGAGUUCUUCGUGGCCAACCUGGUGAGGCGGUUCGAGUGGUCUGCGGCGGAGGAUGGCGGCGGCGUCGACCUCGCCGAGAGGCCGGAGUUCACGGUGACCAUGGAGCGGCCGCUGCGCGCGCGCGUGGCGCCCAGACGCCCCCGCCUAGUUCGCCCAGUCUGA